AUGGCGACAACAGCUCAGUACAUCCCGAGGAAUAACUCCUUACCGUCCAACCCGCUCAUGCAUCCGGAUUCGGAUAGGAUGCACCAGGGGACGACCUACAGAGAGGUGCAGAAAAUGAUGCACCACGAGUAUUUGCAAGGGCUGGCGGCCACCAACACGGGACACCCGAUGAGCCUGACGCACCACCAGUGGCUGCCCACGUCCAACACCGACUGGUCCAGCGGCGGCACCCACAUCGGGCAGCAGGAGCACAAAGCCACCGUGCAGGCGACCAGGGAGGACCUGAGCAGCGGCUUCCACCACAGAUCUCACCUGGUGCACCAGCAGACGCAGAGCAGCCACCAUGGCUCGUGGGCGCCCGCCACGACGCACCACCUCUCCCCGCUGUCCCCCGCCUCCAACGGGCACCAGUCUCUGGUCUACUCGCAGCCCGGAUACACAAACCUCAACGCGAUGCUGAGCCCGCCGCAGCCCGGCUCCCUGCACCACGGCAUGCGGGACCAGCAGCUCCACGACGACUCGGGCAGCCACGACAACCAGAUGGAGUCGCCCCAGCAGGCUUUCAGCCACCAUCAGGACCACUCGGACGAGGACGCGCCCAGCUCCGACGACCUGGAGCAGUUCGCCAAGCAGUUCAAGCAGCGGAGGAUCAAACUGGGCUUUACGCAGGCGGACGUGGGCUUGGCCUUGGGCACCCUGUACGGAAACGUCUUUUCUCAGACCACCAUCUGCAGGUUCGAGGCUCUGCAGCUCAGCUUCAAGAACAUGUGCAAACUUAAGCCGCUGCUAAACAAGUGGCUGGAGGAGACGGACUCGAACACGGGCAGCCCCACCAAUUUGGACAAGAUUGCUGCGCAGGGCAGGAAACGAAAGAAGAGGACCUCCAUUGAAGUGGGGGUGAAAGGGGCUCUGGAAAACCAUUUCUUAAAAUGCCCAAAGCCGUCCGCGCACGAAAUCACCAGUUUAGCCAACACUCUGCAGUUGGAAAAAGAGGUUGUCCGCGUUUGGUUUUGCAACAGGAGACAGAAAGAGAAAAGAAUGACACCAAUUGGGGUCCCUCACCCGAAUAUGGAGGACGUAUAUUCCCAAGCAGAGACCCCUCCUCUACACCGCACACUACAGAGUCCUGUGCAGUGA